AUGGAUCAUGAUCUCCUCAAUCUCUAUCAAGAUGCUUCAUCAGACAGAUUGUUACUACAUAACUCACCAUAUGACAAACUAAUAUCCCAGAAUCAACUCAACGUAUCAUCUCAGCAAAAUCACGCUGACAGCCAACUCAUUUCCCAAGGAGCUCCAAGAAAUAAUAACCUCCAAGCCGGCGAAGUUAUAACCAAAAUCGAAGACAUUUUCGAAUCUCUCCUUGACCGUAUUAUAAACGAAAAGAAGUGCCUCGUUCUACACAUCAAGUCGAGAGGAAAAAAAGGCGGUCAAACUCUAGACGCUGCCACUGGGGCGAUUCGAAAUACUAGGAAUGUUGAGACCAAGGAGAUCACCUUUCCGGGAAAGACUCAGAAAGAGGCUUGGAAGUUUGCGGCUUUGCUCCGUAUAUUGGAGCUAUCUCAUGAAGCGUUGGUGACUGGGAUUGGCAUCCUCGUACCAAACACAAAAGAUAUAUCACGCCUCUCCUUCCCGAUCUGCAAUUGGAUCCUCGUCAUUGAAAAAGAAGCCACUUUUCGCACCCUCUCUACCACGCACCACGCUCGCACAUCCCGCGCCGGCCCUGGUCUGCUCAUCACCGCAAAGGGAUACCCCGACAUCGCGACCCGCGCGCUUCUGCAUCUCCUGUCCUCGACGCGAGGCUGUCCACCGAUUUACGUACUCACAGAUUAUGAUCCGCACGGAAUAUCAAUCCUAAGCACCUACGCCCACGGUUCAGCGAGUCUAGCGCACCAGAAUGACGGGCUAGCAGUCUCCGGCCUGCGAUGGCUGGGUGUAAAACUCGAGAGUGCCAUCGGCACGCAGAAUGGGAGAAGUGAAGAUGGCGGGGAGGUUCCGGGGAUUUUGACACUGACGAAAAGGGAUAGGAGACUGGGGAGGAGUAUGUUGAUGAGGCAUCCGGCGAUAGGGGAGGGUGGGGAGAAGGAGUGGAGGAGGGAG